GCCCGUUCUAGACGCGAUGGAUGACGAUGCCGCUCCCGUACCAACUGCUUUGCUUCCAGGCCGUUUUGUUUUUCUACGCGUUGAGGUCUAUCUGGGCUGCUUCUUGUGCUGCACCCCGUUCUGGUCCUCCUCUUUUUUGCUGACCUCGGAGCAGAGGAAGGAAGCGAGGAGCAGAGGGACAGGAGCAUCGAUCGGUGAGGAGGGACAGAAGAAUGGCGGGGCGGUCGCGGUACGACAACCCCUUCGAGGAGGGCGGCGCCGACGAGGUCAACCCUUUCGCGGAUCAAGGCAAAAGAGGUGCAUCAACCACUCAGUCCAGCUAUUCCGGUGGCGCCUUCUACACUACGCAAUCACGCCCUGCUCCUCCGAGCACACGCCUUUCGCCUCUUCCUCCUGAACCUGCUGACUUCUACAAUGACUUUUCGACCCCGGUGGAUAUCCCCAUGGAUACAAACAAGGACAUGAAGACAAGGGAGAGGGACCUUUUGGCCAAGGAGGCUGAGUUAAACAGGCGUGAGAAGGAAAUCAAAAGGAGGGAAGAGGCUGCAGCACGAGCUGGAAUUGUAUUGGAAGAGAAAAAUUGGCCCCCGUUUUUCCCCAUCAUUCAUCAUGAUAUUGGGAACGAGAUACCUGUUCAUUUGCAAAGAACACAGUACGUCGCAUUUGCUUCACUAUUAGGAUUGGUCUUGUGCCUGUUUUGGAACAUCAUCUGUGUUAGUGCAGCCUGGGCAAAAGGGUCAGGUCCUAAGAUAUGGUUUCUUGCAAUCAUAUACUUCAUUCUUGGAUGCCCCGGUGCCUAUUACCUUUGGUACCGGCCACUUUACCGUGCCAUGAGGAAUGAGAGUGCUCUGAAAUUUGGAUGGUUUUUCCUCUUCUACUUGGUUCAUAUCGCCUUCUGCGUGUAUGCAGCUGUUUCUCCUUCAAUUCUCUUUGUGGGAAAGUCGUUGACCGGGAUUUUUCCAGCAAUCAGCUUGAUAGGCAGUAGCGUCAUUGUUGGGAUCCUCUACUUUGUUGGCUUUGGAUUGUUCUGCCUCGAGUCUCUGCUAAGCAUGUGGGUCAUUCAGCGUGUUUACCGGUACUUCCGAGGCAGUGGGAAAGAAGCACAGAUGAAGCGGGAAGCAGCACGCAGCGCGGCGAGGGCAGCAUUUUGAUGAGCCGUACAUAUAAGUACAGCAUGUAUACUGUUCAUAGUGUGAAGUGUUUUUAGAUCAACAGGCGUGUAGAGUAGGGUCGGUGUACUGUAAAUCUUCAGAAUUUCCUUACUUUUCCACUGAGUUUGGAUCCUUUAAGUUCAGAUUGAUCAGUCCUGUCAGUAUGACAGUAUUAGAAUGGAGUAAAAACACACGAACCUAGAUGGUUUGUUGCAUAUGUGCGAUUUUGUUCUCACCUUUUAUCAAUUAUUUCCUCGGAUUUCAGCAAAAAUAAAGUUGUAAAAAUGUUACCUAAAGGAUUCUGAGAAUCCCAUUUGUGUAAAAUUGUUCGGCCUCGCCGCCUCGGGUCAUGAAA